UUUAGUGGUACAGAUCGGCUCAGGCCGAGGCGGCGGCUGUCUCUCGGGUAUCGGGAGAGUUUUCUCCGGCCGCUAUGGCCGGGUUUGGUUUGUGUGGAAUGUGCGGGCUCGGUGCUCCCGGACAAUAGGAGCCGCUCGCGCUCCAUCCGCGCGCCUCCCGCCCCCGGCCCCGGGGCUCCAGACCCUGACCCAAACCUCCCGGGAACCGGAGACCCAGGCCCCCCGACCCCCAUCCACACCUCAGCCCGCCAUCGGAGACACCGGACGGAGAACACAGCCCCCGGUCCCUGCGGCCAGGGACACCAUCCCCCCCCCCCCCCGUAUCGGAUGUCCAUCCACACCCUCCCCUGGAAUCAGUGACCACGGACAGAGUACAGCCUGCGGCUCCAACUGGACACAGGACUCCCGCCCCCGGGAUAGGCCCGAGACUCCCCGCACUCUCCGUGGCUGGCCCAUUUCUUAUGGCAGAUCUUGAUCAAUCAGAGUGGACUUUCCUUCCUUGAAUUUACUCGAAACCUUGGGGUAACUGCUCCCCAAUGUGUUCUCGAUGAAAACGCUUCACCUAACCAAACAGCACCUUGUUCCGUUUGCAGUGUAAAUUAUUGUAAGAGGCUGGUGGCAUCAUCAUGUCAAAAAGACCAUCUUAUGCACCACCCCCUGCUCCUGCUCCCACCACUCAAAUGCCCAGCACCCCAGGGUUUGUGGGAUACAAUCCAUACAGUCAUCUGGCCUACAACAACUACAGGCUGGGAGGGAACCCAGGCACCAACAGCCGGGUCACGGAUUCUUGUGGCCCUACGGCCCCAUUCCACAAUGGAACUCCACGUGCUUCCAGUAUAAUCGGCAGGGAGAAGACAUCCUCAGGCAUCACUAUUCCAAAGCCCCCAAAGCCUCCAGACAAGCCUCUGAUGCCCUAUAUGCGCUACAGCAGAAAGGUAUGGGACCAGGUUAAGGCCUCCAAUCCUGAUCUGAAGCUGUGGGAAAUAGGGAAAAUCAUCGGUGGAAUGUGGCGGGAUCUCACAGAUGAGGAAAAGCAGGAAUAUCUGAAUGACUAUGAAGCAGAAAAGGUUGAAUAUAAUGAAGCCAUGAAAGCAUAUCACAAUUCUCCUGCCUAUCUCGCUUACAUUAAUGCAAAAAGUCGAGCUGAGGCGGCACUUGAGGAAGAGAGUCGCCAACGGCAAUCACGGAUGGAGAAAGGAGAACCUUACAUGAGUAUACAGCCAGCUGAGGACCCUGAUGAUUACGAUGAUGGCUUUUCAAUGAAGCACAUCUCUGCAGCACGUUUCCAGAGAAACCACCGUUUGAUUAGUGAGAUUCUGAGUGAGAGUGUAGUCCCAGAUGUCCGAUCUGUGGUGACAACAGCACGAAUGCAGGUUUUAAAAAGGCAGGUGCAGUCACUGAUGGUUCAUCAGCGGAAAUUGGAAGCUGAGCUCCUUCAGAUCGAGGAACGCCAUCAAGACAAGAAACGGAAAUUCCUAGAAACUACAGAGUUAUUUAAUAAUGAACUAAAGCGGUUGUGCCAUUUGAAGGUGGAGGUUGACAUGGAAAAAAUUGCAGCUGAAAUUGCUCAGGCUGAAGAGCAAGCCCGCAAACGUCAGGAAGAAAGGGAAAAGGAGGCCGACCAUGUAGAACCACCCCAGAGUAAUAUACCUGAGGAACCUCCUAGCAGCAUUGAGGCUGACGAAUCCAAAGUGGAGGAGACCCCCAUGGACACAGAUGAGCCACGUAAUGAUGAAACACCAGAAACCCAACAGAGUAGUGAAGAGAGCACAGCGACUCCAGAAGACAAAGAGGGAUGUCAAGACAUGACAGACAGCAGCGUGGAGCAAGGAGCAAGCGAGAGCACCUCUGGUACAGAGAGUAAUAGUGCCAUGGCAGAGGAAACCAUGCCAGAGCCUACACCUGAGAGUGAAGACAAGAAAGAAUGAAUUCAACAAAUACAAAAACUUUCCAUUCCAGUUAGUUGUACUACUUGAUUAGUAUCGUACUCGUUUUUUAUUCUACCUGUUUAUAUAAGUUAGAAGGAUUUUCUUUUUACACAUUUGUAGAGGUGCCAGCGUAAUGGACUCUUUUAGCCCAACCUACAGCCCCAUGGCCAGUUUGAGAUUCAGUGCUACCAAGUUGAAAUUAUGAAGGGGUGGAAGUAAAGGUACAGAAAUUUAAAAGUGCUGUAUGCUGUACUUAAUCCAGCCUGCUCUUGGUCCCUCUUAAGGGAUAUUUAUUUUUCUUCAUUAAAUAAAUAUGACUUAAUGCCUGAGUUGCAAGGUCAAAGUGCAGCGGUCCAUUUCAAUAUAUGUACAUCUUUAUCUCUCACCUUCUGUAUAUUUAAUUUCCAUGGAUUUAGAUUGAUGUAUUGAGGAACUGUGAACGUUGCUUUCUGAAAACUGAAAAAGUUAGUGUUUCUGGUGAAGCUGGCUCCUAAACCCACUCUUUACAAAUGCUUUCUGAACCAUAGAAAAGUUUCCCACAAUCACUGGUGUUUUGUCACCUUGAAUUUAGUUGGUGUCUAUCUUCCUGGAAUUGCUUCUGUGGCCAUUGAGAAGACUGGUUGUCCCAGAGAUUACUAUAAGUUCAUUUAUUGCAUCUGUUUGAUUAUUGCCCAUUUUUAUUACAGUUUCUAAAUUUAAAAAUGUCAUACAAUGCCCUAUAAUUAAAGUAGUCACAGAGGUGAUAGAACUGCAGAAUCCCAUCUCCCAGUUAAAUCGACAAAAGAAUUUGACAAGACCACAAAUAGCUAGUCAAAUCCACAGUGCUGGCAAGCCCUAGUUUGGUGCUGAGGAGAAUUGUUUUGUGAAGAGGAUCAUUCAUUUAGUGAUGAGAUGAAUUGAAUUGUAGUUGAGAUUGUGUUGUGCUUCAGGAAGGUGGGAUGUGCCAGCAAGGAUAACAUUGCAUGUGGCGCCCCAGUGUGAUUGGCACCACUGUUUGUGUCUUCUGUAGUAUGUUGAGUUUCCUAUUUUUAAAAGAUUUCCCUGCCACAAUAAAAGAAAAAGUUAACGUAA